AGUGUUUAGUGAAGGAGGGUUGGCUGUGCAACACGUCAUCGCAGUUCGUCAUCCCUCUCAUUUGCGAUAAGCUUCACCGAGACCUUGAGUUAGGACCCAAAGUGACACUUCUUGAUUUUUGGAAUGGAUUUCCAAAGCGAGUUUGGAAACUACCCCCUCUUGAUUAAAAUUUUCUCCCCUCAUGCGUACUAGUGUUAAAAGGGUUUCUGGUUCUUGUCUUCUUGAAGAUAAGACUUCAGUCAAAAGACAUAGAGAGUUUGAGCAGAUGUUUAUUUAGCCAACCCACAGCAAGCAAACAAACCCUACAGACAGAGAUUGGGUGGUGCAAGGCAGUCAUCUGCCCCGCGAAUUCCGUGUUGUGGCUCUUAAAGAAGUUUUAUUAAUAUUCACGAGAUGGGUGGCAUAUUCUGGGGGAAAGAUGAUCCUUUUAUGGUGUCAAGUUAUGAUGGAACACAUGUAUUUUUAGGGGGUUUCUUUCCAUGAUCCUCUAGAAAAGCCCACAAAAGGAGUGUGUAUAUAGAUGGGUCAAGCUACAAUGCAAGAGAUGAUGCCAGGCCUUGGAGGAUGCAGCCCCUUUGUUAGGGCACACGUGUGGGAGAAUACCCUUGUGCUUAAGUUUCUAAUAUAGCAGAAACAAUCUAACUGCAGCUUCAGGGUGUUAAACCUCAAUGAGCUUCCGACUAUCAGGAGGCUCAGCCUCUGGGACACAGCUACAACUUUCCUCCUUUGCUCACAUCUUGCCUACCCUGUGUCAUUAGCAUGGCUUGUAGUCUUAGAAGACAGGUGACAAGGGAGAAGGGUGGGACCAUGUACGUGCCUAUCGAUUGUGACACCAAAGGUCAAAACAACCUCUCCUCGGUAGUCCCUGGCCAUUCUUCACUGAAGCAGUCGGAGCGCUGUCACGAUAUUUCUCUCUUCAUCUGACAGAUGACUGUUGGUCCCCUGGCUCUGGCUAGUUGCUGGUACUAAAUAAAAGACUGCACACAGAGAAAGUUCUCAGCCGUACCAAGAGAAGAUGGGCGCCUAUCCCUUGUUCCAUGCUAGAAAACUCCUUGGGUCCUUUCCCACUUUUCCUUCAACAGAUCCAAUCUGAUACUGCUCAAAACUACACCAUAUACUAUUCCAUCAGAGGUCCAGGAGUUGAUAGAGAUCCUCUGAACUUAUUUUAUGUGGAAAGAGAUACUGGAAACCUGUAUUGCACUGGUCCCGUAGAUCGUGAGCAGUAUGAAUCCUUUCAGCUGACCGCCUUUGCAACAACUCCAGAUGGGUAUACGCCGGAGUACCCACUGACUCUCCUCAUUAAAAUAGAGGAUGAGAAUGAUAACUACCCGAUUUUUACAAAGACAGUAUACAGUUUCACAGUUUUGGAAAACAGUGCCGUUGGCUCUGUCGUGGGGGAGGUCUGUGCCACUGACAACGAUGAGCCGGGAACAUUGCACACUCAGCUGAGGUACUCCAUCCUGGAGCAGUCGGCUUCCCCACCCACUCUGUUUACUAUGCAUCCCACUACUGGUGUGAUCACGACCACAUCGUCUCAGCUGGACAGAGAGCUAAUUGAGAAAUACCAGUUGAAAAUAAAAGUACAGGAUAUGGAUGGCCAGUAUUUUGGUUUGCAGACAACAGCAACCUGCAUCAUUACUAUUGGGGAUGUGAAUGACAACUUGCCAACAUUCACUCGCUCUGUUUAUGUGACCUCAGUGGAGGAAAAUACAGUUGAUGUGGAAAUCUUACGUCUUACUGUUCAGGAUAAAGAUUUAGUUAACUCUCCUAAUUGGAGAGCUAAUUACACCAUAUUAAAGGGCAACGAAAAUGGAAAUUUUAAAAUUGUGACAGAUCCCAAAACCAAUGAAGGCAUUUUGUGUGUGGUUAAGCCUCUGGACUAUGAAAUCCAGCAACAGGUGACUCUGCAAAUCGGUGUAGUUAAUGAAGCCCCGUACACUAGAGAGGCUAGUGCGAGGUCCCCCACAAGCACAGCCACAGUGACUGUCACCGUGAAAAAUCUGGAUGAGGGCCCCGAGUGUAUCCCUCCAACACAAACCGUGCGGAUUCGAGAAAACGUACCAGCUGGUACUAGAAAUGAUGGGUAUAAGGCGUACGACCCCGAGACCAAAAGCAGCAGUGGCAUAAGGUACAGGAAGUUAAGUGACCCAAGAGGGUGGGUCACUGUUAAUGAAGACUCAGGAUCAAUCACUGUUUCCCGAACCCUGGAUCGAGAGGCUGAGACUGUCAGAAAUGGCAUCUAUAAUAUUACAGUGCUUGCAUUAGAUGCAGAUGGGAAAAGCUGUACCGGAACUCUGGGAAUUAUUCUGGAAGAUGUGAAUGACAACGGCCCAUUCAUACCCAAGCAGACGGUGGUGAUAUGUAAGCCCACCACGUCCUCUGCUGAAAUUGUGGCAGUUGAUCCUGAUGAGCCAGUGAAUGGCCCGCCCUUUGAUUUUAGUUUGGAGAGUUCUGAUUCAGAAGUACGGCGGAUGUGGAGGCUGACGAGAAUCAAUGAUACAGCGGCUCGUCUGUCCUAUCAGAAUGACCCUUCAUUUGGAUCCUACGUAGUUCCUAUCCGAGUUACAGACAGGCUCGGUCUGUCCUCAGUCACUUCACUGAACGUCAUUGUUUGUGACUGCAUUACUGAAAGUGACUGCACAACCCGCUCAGGAGAAAGGGCCGGCUAUGCAGACGUGAGGCUCGGACCCUGGGCUAUUCUGGCUAUACUGUUGGGCAUAGCCUUGCUGUUUUGUAUCCUGUUUACAUUAGUCUGCAGUGUUUCCCAGGCAACAAAAGAGCAGAAAAUUCUUCCAGAUGACUUAGCGCAGCAGAACCUAAUCGUGUCAAACACCGAGGCUCCUGGAGAUGACAAAAUUUAUUCCGCAAAUGGCUUCACAACUCAAGCUGUGGGAGCUUCUGGGCAGGCAGCUUUUGGCACCUUGGGAGCAGGAGUCAAAAGCGGAGGGCAAGAGACCAUUGAGAUGGUGAAAGGCGGCGGCCACCAGACCCUAGAGUCCUGCCGGGGGGCUGGGUACCAUCACCACACCCUGGAUCCCUGCAGAGGAGGACUCGUGGAGGUGGACAGCUACAGACACACUUACUCCGAGUGGCACAAUUUCACUCAGCCCCGACUUGGUGAAAAGGUGCGGUUGUGCCUUGAGGAUGACAACCAACAGCUCGCUCAAGACUACGUCCUCACGUACAACUAUGAAGGAAGCGGUUCCGCUGCUGGCUCUGUGGGUUGCUGUAGUGACCAACAGGAAGAAGAUGGGCUUGAGUUUUUGGACCAUUUGGAGCCCAAAUUUAGGACAUUAGCAGAAGUAUGUGCAAAGAGGUGAAGAACUUUGAACAGGAUACCCAAACUAAUGGACUUAAUACCUUUUCCUCACUGCUUUUAAAUAUAAACCAGGAUUUAAAAAAAAAAAAAAGAUGUUUUAUUAUAUUUGGGGCUUCCCCCACAACCUGCCUUGGUCUGCAGAAUGUUCAUGGAAAUGCACAUUUACAGAGAAACUUUGUACAUUAGUACACUUGAACUUGAAAACUGUUCUGCAUGGGUUUUAAUUACUUCUUUUUUUACCCAGGUGUCAUCUAUAGAUGGAAACUUUAAGGGAAUUUGCAUUAUUGUUUACAUUGGGCAUAAUGACAUCAGCCAACUUAUAGUGCAAUAAAAUUUAAUGGAUCUGAGUCUAUUUAUGGACUACUUGACCUAUAACCCAAUUGGAGACUGUAGAAAUGGUUAUCUCCAAUCAAUGGAUUAAUUGAUUGUUCGUAUGGUGCUUGGAAACUGUUGUUUUCCCAAACAUUCUACACUGUAUAUACUGUGUCUUCAUUUGUGAUAUUCUUGUAACUUGGCCUGGCUUCACAGUGCCAAGGUAGAUUGUCAGGCAGCCAUUGAGUGUGUGUGUGUGUGUGCAGUUCCAUUCCAGUGGGGUUGCUUUUAGGUUCUGUUCUGGGUAAAACCCUACACUGAAUCUACAUCUCCUUUGUACUGACUUUGUCAGUUAAAUUUAGAUUUCAAAACUUCUUUAAAUUGUAUUUUUUGUUACUCUUAAAAGUUUUUUUUCUGUGAAAUACCAAAUGGUCUACGCCCCCAUCCCCUCUCCACUUCUUUUUCUCUUUCUCUCUCCUAUCUGAUUUUGAAACUUGUACUUGGGUUGAAGAAUCCAAAAUAUUCUUAAAAGUUGUCUCUUCUCAUAAAAUAGUCUUUCUGUGGUAUGUAAGAUAUGCAUUGUCAGUUUUCUUAAGGUCAAUGUAAUAGUAACUUUGUUUUGAAAUUUUUGGUAAUUGAUUCAUUUCUGUCCUUAGUGUGAAGAACUUUUAAUUUUUCCAUGGAAACUUUAGGACUCUUCCAUAAUCUAUUAGAAGCAACAUUCUAUAUAACAGAAACAAUAAUGUGGUUAGAAGUAGGAUGUGGCUACCUAGUGUAGACUAGCAUAUUUACGAUCUCUGUCUUUAAUUCAAGGACACUGGAAGUGGGAAAUAGUGAUGGUGUGUGACUUCAUACCUUUUUAGAUGAUAUAGCUAGUCACAAUUACAUGAUUGUAAAAUUAUUUUAAAAAAUAGUUUGUAAUUACAGUUUUUACCAAAUACAGAAAUGGGCCAAAUACUUUAAAAAUUUUUAAGAAUAUAUACAUGAGUAAACUUCAUAGCCAACCAAAUUCUAGAUCAGAGGUCAUACUUCCUGCAGUCAGUGAGCUCAGUGCUUACACUAAAUGCACGGGUAUUCUAGGUGCAACUCGGAUGCAUGUGAUUAUUCACGGUGUGUCUGUCUUGAAUUCACCAGGCUGGCUUAUAACAAUUAUUUUUCAGAACCAACACUUGGAAAAAUUUGGAAUACAACUGUGUUUGCUGUAGAGUCAUUAUUAUUCAGUCAAAAAUAUUUCUCAGCUAUUUUUAAUAAAUUAUGUACAAAAUGGUUGUGUGCUA